UUGUUUGAAUAGCUCCUCCAACAGCAGAGGAGCUCUAGGGUAUCGCCGGCAAUGGCGAUAUUUUGCGCUCGGCGGAGGCGCUUGGUCGAUCUAGUCGCGAGCGCUUGGAGCUGGGGAUCUCACCGCGGCAUUGCGAAUGGGCAUCACCUCUUCCGGAGCAGCGGCAGGCCGACGAUCGUUCACAAGCGCGGGGCUGACAUUCUUCACGAUCCGUGGUAUAACAAGGGGACUGCUUUGCCGCCAACUGAAAGGGACAGGCUGGGACUCCGCGGACUUCUUCCACCGCGUGUGAUGACCCCUCAACAGCAGAUUGACCGUUUUAUGAGCGAUUUUAAGUCUUUGGAAAGAACCACCAGAGAUGGUCCCAGAGAUAUGUCCGCAUUGGCGAAGUGGAGAAUUCUUAACAGGCUUCAUGACCGCAACGAAACUCUGUAUUACAAAAUUCUCAUUGACAACAUCAAGAACUUUGCUCCCAUUAUUUACACUCCUACAGUUGGUCUCGUGUGCCAGAACUACAGUGGUCUUUUCAGACGUCCGCGAGGCAUGUAUUUUAGCUCCGCAGAUCGGGGUGAGAUGGUUUCAAUGAUCUAUAACUGGCCCGCGGAACACGUGGACAUAAUUGUGGUGACCGAUGGAAGUCGGAUUUUGGGGCUCGGUGACCUUGGCGUUCAAGGCAUAGGGAUUCCAAUUGGAAAACUUGACUUGUAUGUUGCUGCCGCUGGAUUCAACCCGCAACGAGUUCUUCCUGUAAUGAUCGAUGUCGGGACAAACAAUAAAAAAUUGUUAGAUGAUCCUUUGUAUCUGGGGUUGCAACAGCCUAGGCUCGAAGGAGAAGAUUACUUAGCUGUAAUCGACGAGUUCAUGGAAGGUGUUUUCACACGCUGGCCACAUGUAAUCGUGCAGUUUGAAGAUUUCCAGUCCAAAUGGGCCUUCAAGCUUCUACAGCGGUAUCGAAAUCAUUACCGGAUGUUUAACGAUGAUGUCCAGGGUACCGCUGGUGUUGCUCUCGCUGGACUCUUUGGAGCUGUGAGAGCUCAAGGAAAGCCACUGUCUGAACUUGCUAAUGCAAAAAUAGUCGUCGUUGGAGCUGGGAGUGCCGGACUAGGCGUUCUUCACAUGACAAGGAAGGCAAUUGGACAAAUCCUUGGGGAUAAGUCCAAGGCUACCCGAAACUUGUACAUUUUAGACAAACUGGGUUUGGUAACGAAAGAACGCGCUGAUGCUGACGUUGAUCCAGAUGCAAAACCAUUUGCUCGAAAUACAAAUGAAGGCUUGAGAGAAGGUGCAAGUCUUUUGGAAGUGGUAAAACAGGUUAAGCCAGAUAUGCUUGUUGGCUUGUCUGGAGUUGGAGGUAUUUUCACCCCGGAGGUUUUGCGAGAAAUGAAAAAUGCAGAUUACAAAAGACCUGCAAUUUUUCCAAUGUCCAAUCCUACAAUGAACGCUGAAUGCACAGCAGAAGAAGCAUUUAAGAAUGUGGGAGAUCACAUUAUCUUUGCAAGUGGAAGUCCUUUUGAUGACGUGGAACUUGAGAAUGGGAAAAUCGGUCAUGUAAAUCAAGGCAACAAUAUGUACCUUUUCCCAGGAAUUGGACUCGGCACGCUCCUCUGUGGAGCAAGAACAGUUACAGAUCGAAUGUUAAGCUCCGCCGCAGCAAGGUUAGCGUCUUACAUGGGUGAGGAGGACGUGAACAACGGAAAGAUCUAUCCACCAAUUUCAAGCAUUCGCGACAUAUCCAAGGAAGUCGCGGUCGCUGUGCUUCGUGCUGCAGUUGAAGAAGACAUUGUCGAAGGUUACAGAGAUCUGUCCGCGAGAGAGCUUCAGCACAUGUCUGAGGAUCAAAUCCGCGAGUACGUUGACCAAUACAUGUGGUCACCUCAGUAUAGUCCACUCAUCUAUGAGGAGCGGUGAACAAGUUUUCACGUUUCCGGCCUGUCUUACAUCUCGAAUGGAUGAAGAUGAUGAGUAAGGAUGGGCAAAAAGUCUGAACACCAGUACACAAUAAUCUACCGAUGUCUGUUCCAACAGUUUCUUUCGCUUUGAAAUUUGUUCCAGAGUUUCAAGCG